AUGUCAUCUGAGAAGAACUGUGUAUCAAAGAAACAAAAAGAUUGCAAAGUUUAUUCGCUCUUAGAUUUGCCUGAGUGGAUCUUGGAUUGCAUUCUGGAGUGCCUUUCACCAUUGGAUUUGUUUAGAGUGGCAGAAGUGUGCAGCAGUUUGAGGGACAAAACCAGAAGUGAUGCUUUGUGGGAGAAGCUUAUCAAACAGAAAUGGGGUAGGCUUGUUGGUGAUGUAGCUCACCAAGAGUGGCUGUGGCACACAACAAAAAUAAACACACAAAGCCUCUUGUUGUUACAGCAGAAUCAGGGUGGAUUAUGUGGCUCUUCCACUGGUGUUUGGCCUUCUCUAAGCUUCAAUUCUUACUUGGAAAAUUUCAUUGACUUCAUUACUUUGAUUAAAAGUUGUUCCAAAAUGGCUUUCUAUAUCUGUCUUGAGAGUGGCCGCUUCUGGUUUCCUGUUCAACUUUACAAGAGUGGAAAUCAAAACCUAUCUGUCUGUGAUGCCAUUGUCAGCUAUGACUCUAGAACCAACACCUUCCAAGCACGGUCUCGAAGAGGUGGGUGGCACAUGAUUGAAGGAAAUGUUCCAUGGGAUAAGUUGAGAAUGUCACCGGUUGAAACUUCUCCGAUGACUUUUUAUGUGUCUAACUCUAUGAACGAUUUGAAACCAGGAGAUCAAAUUGAGAUUCAAAUUAGAAGACGCACAGAUUCCCAUUAUACUUGGUCGUAUGCUGUAAUUGGUCAUCCGGAAACAUGUGAAGAAGAUGUGAAUCAUUGUCACUGUAAAUAUAAUGACAUGUUAGUAGUAGAGUUCAAGCAAUAUAAAGGGCAGAGCAGAUGGAGAAGAUCAGUGUUGAACAGAAAGCUGCAUGAGGAACAAGGUUCAAGGCCUCGCUGGUUCGGUGGAAUCAGAAAACUUGUUAACGAGGAUGAGAUUAAAAGGUGGAACAACUUUCUUACAUCUAAAUAA